UUACCGGGCACGUGAUCAUUUGUGCCUUAUAUUUUUUUAUAUAAAAGAAGUUACAAAAAAUAGACAUUAUUUUCAUUUAAUUCACAUUGACAUGAUCUUUUUGUGUAUUUUAUAAGUCAAUUACACAAUAUUACUAAAGUUGACAAGUCGUAUUCUAAUGUUUACAAAGUCGAUACUAUAUUAUAGUAAAGUAAACAAUUAUGAAAAAUCGCACGAAAACUCAAUUUCAAUUGUCAUCGAAUGUCAUAGAGGAAAUUCAUGAAUAUACAAAAAAAAGUGAUGACAAACCAUGCCCAACAUUUAUUCUCAAAGUUAAAGAUUUUGAGAUAGAGAAAGAUAGGUAUUGGUUAAUACUCCAAGAGAAAGGUGGAAAAGAAAUAUGGGCAAUGUUUUCAGUAUUCCUUACUGAAAAACUUGGAGUAAAAAGCAAUUAUAUGUUUAAUCCAGUUAUCAAACUAAAACAUUAUUAUUUACAUCAAUUUGAAGCUAAAGAUUUUGUAGAGAAUCCAUCAGAAACUUAUAUAAAUGUUCUUGGGAUAAAUGACAUAGAAAUUUUUAAUGGAUUCGUCUUUAAACAUCCUUGGAAAAAGAUAACAGACCAAUAUAAUGUUGAACAACUCCAAAUACUUUCAUAUCAAAAAAGAAAAAAAAGACGUUGUGAACCUGAAUUAGAAAGUACAGAUGAAUCUGAUGAUGAUUCCGUAAUCAAUAAACGAAAGAUUACAGAGAAUAAGCCGGAACCAAAGACUGAAUUAAAUAGUAUAGUUACUGUGACGGAGAGUAUUCAACCAUUAGGAAAUAAAAAUCAAAAUUUAAAUCAAGUACUUGCAGAUAAAAGAAAUAAUAAGCCAAUAGCUGAAAAUACUGUUCAACCAUCAGAAAAAAAUAGUACAGAUGUAAGAAAUGACACAUCACAAGCUAAAGAAAAUGUUUCUCAACCAUUAAAAAAUGAUAGUCCAAAUAUACAAACGACUUCUGUUGAACCUGAAGCCUUUGUUGGAAAUGGCAAGACAGCUGCACCAAUAGCAUCGUUAACAUUAACAAAAAGCAGCCCUUUAAUUCGAGGAUGUGUUAAUAUUUGUGGAGCAAUAACUGUAAGUGCUCGAGGAUGCAGUUAUAGACGAUGCCGUUUGAAAGAUUCAUCUGGAGAAAUUUCUUGUGUAAUUUUUGAGCCUAUUUGUACUGAUAUAAAUAAUUUUAUUAAGAUUGGUGCCAUAGUAGAAAUAGAAAAUGGUACAGUAGAUGAACUUCCUGUCACAAUGUUAUCUGGAAAUGAAAAAUACAAGUUAAACUUUCGUUUGGCUUCAAAUGUCGCACUUUAUCUUGAUAAUAAAUGUGUAUAUAAACAUCCUCCAAUAAUGCCGUCCAUCAUAACUAGUAGUAUCAUAACUAGUAGUAGUAGAGAAAAAUAUAAAUCAUUGCAAAAUAUAAAAAGUUCUGUACGGUCUGGUGAGCGUGUUGAUGCUAUAGGUGUCUUGAUAUGGAUGUCUCAAUUGAUCGAUGUUUAUAGUAACAACAAGCGUGCAAAAUGUCGCAAUAUUCGAAUUAAAGAUGAAUCAGGCUCAGUACUUGUUUCAUUAUGGGAAAAUGUAGCAGAGAAUGUCAAAUUUCCGAUUGGGUCAAUAAUAUCAGCAAAAUGUGCACGUUUGAAGAUGAUCAGAGAUGAUAUUGAAUUAGUUAUUGAUUUUCGAGCUAGAAUAUCGCUAGCAGAAGAUUGCGAGGAAAAAAACAGGUUACAAAAGUGGUAUCAACCAGUUGGAAAAAAAUAAUUCCAAAAUAUAAAAAACAUUCAUUACAUGUAUUUUUUGUUAUUUAAAAACCAAAAAAAAAAAAGAGAAAUUAUUUCACAAUUAGAUCUUUAUCAUUAUUGACAUUUACAGAGUAAGACGAGUAGAAGAAUAUAAUAAUAAUUCAUGUGUUCUUAUGAUAUUAUGAGAAUAAAUUUAUAUACAUUUUUUUUAGAUUAUUUAUAAUUAUAAACGUGU